AUGGCUCUCACAAACACUAACUUAGACGGCAUUCUCCCUCUCAUUGCCAAGGGUAAAGUUAGAGACAUCUAUAAGGUUGAUGACGAAACUUUAUUAUUCGUUGCAACUGAUAGAAUUUCAGCUUAUGAUGUUAUUAUGGAAAAUGGGAUCCCAGAAAAGGGUAAAAUCUUGACUAAAUUGUCUGAAUUUUGGUUCGAUUUCUUGAAGGAAUCAAUCCCAAACCAUUUACUCUUAGAGGAGCUGACCGAUGAGGCAUUGUUUGCCAAGCUUCCAAAGGAAUUGCAACAACCUAAAUACAAAUCACAACUCUCAGGUAGAGCACUUUUAGUCAGGAAAUUGAAACUUAUCCCCUUGGAAGUCAUUGUUAGAGGAUACAUUACGGGUUCUGCUUGGAAGGAGUACAAGAAACUGCACACCGUUCACACUCUUUCUAUCGAAGAGGAUUUACAAGAAUCCGAACCAUUUAAGACUGCCAUUUUCACCCCAUCUACCAAGGCUGAGCAAGGUGAACACGACGAAAACAUUUCACCAGAACAAGCCGAAAAGAUUGUUGGUAAGGAAUUGUGCGACAAGGUUGCCAAGGCUGCCAUUGAGCUUUACACCAAGGCUAAGGACUUCGCAAAGGAGAGAGGUAUUAUUAUUGCUGACACCAAGUUCGAGUUUGGUUUGGACGACAAGGAUAACUUGGUGCUUGUGGAUGAAGUGCUAACCCCAGAUUCUUCAAGAUUUUGGAACGCUGCUAAUUACAAAAUCGGCGAAUCCCAAGAUUCUUAUGAUAAGCAAUUUUUAAGAGAUUGGUUAACCUCAAAUGACCUUGCCUACAAGGACGGUGUAUCUAUGACUGAGGACAUUGUAAUCAACUCUAGAGCAAAGUAUAUUGAAGCUUAUGAAGCUUUAACUGGGAAGAAGUGGGAAUAA